AUGGCCGGCAUUGCUGACUUGACAGCAGCUCUUGCUUCUGCUGACAGAAACAGAGUAACACGUGUCGAAGCCAUGCGACGAAGCCCGACGACUAUCUCAUUGUCAACUCUUGGUGCCCUUAGCGCCCUAUGGGGCAUCUUGUACUUCAUGACCUGCUCCGGACGAAACUCUCGGGGGGUUCUGGCAGAUGCUUCCUCGGGCAUGCUACAGACCCGUCAAUCCGACUCAGAGUCCCUCAACUCGACAGGUCUUGCACAGGCGGCUAUCAACGGUCUAAAUGCACGCUUCUACGAGUCUUCCAAUGCGCGCUGGUCGUCUGACGAGCCGUGGUGGAUCAGCGGUGUUGCGUUGACCAUGGUGAUCGAGUACAUGCGUAGAUCCGGGUCUAAAGAGUACCUAGAUCAGGUCGAGGACGUCAUCGAGGUGCAGCGCCAGCCGCUGAGCUGGUGGCCCUCCGGCGAGGGCGAGUUCCGCGCCGACGCGACUGAUGACACAGGCUGGUGGGCGUUGGCCAUGGUGCGCAUGUACGAUCUGACUGGCAACGAGGACUAUCUCAACAUCUCAAUCAAGGAUGAGGCCUAUAUGCGGCAGUGGUGGACGGAUACAGAGUGCGGUGGUGGGCUGUAUGUCGACAUCCAGGAUCUGACAUACAAGAACGCGAUUGCAAACGAGCUUUAUCUCAAGCUGGUCGCGUCCCUGGCCAACAGGGCGCCCAAUGCCACCAUCUACCUCGAUCGGGCACAGCAGGCUUGGACCUGGUUCUUGGGCUCAGGCAUGAUCAACGGCGUGAAUCUCAUCAACGACGGUCUUGCUCGCGAUUCCAAUACAGGCAGUUGUUACAACAACCGUCUACCCGUCUGGACAUACAACCAAGGUGUCAUUUUGGGCGCUCUUGUCGAGCUCUACCACGCAACCAAGGACGAGUCGUAUCUCCUUUCAGCGCAGGCUAUCGCCGAUGCGGUGCUUUCUCCCUCCAACGGGUUAACCUCCUCCUCGGGUGUGCUCACCGAGACCUGUGAGGGAUCCGACAGCUGCAACCAAGACCAACAGGUCUUCAAAGGUGUCUUCGCCCUCAACCUCGCCGAGCUGGGCGACGCGGUGGCUGGUGCGUCUUCUGAUCCAGAUGCCGGGCAAGACUAUCGUGAGUAUCUGGACACCAACAUGCAGAGCAUGUAUGCGAACGAUCGGUCUGAGAUUGUGCCGACGCUUUUUGAUUCAAGCACAGGGGAUUUGUAUGAUGUAAGUUGGUCGGGGCCAUUCCGCAAUGCUACUAUGCCAAAGCAGGCGAGUGCUAUUGGCUUGUAUGUGGCGAAUAUUUGA